AUGAAAAUCUAUAAAAGGCGCGUCUGGCAGCAUUAUAAAGCUCUGAUCUAUAAAAAUUGAAUUCUAUGGAAAAGAAGGUGGUUCGGAUCUUUAUUCGAAUUACUUUUUCCUAUCCUGCUUAUUUUGCUACUAACUCUUAUAAGAGUUUCAGCAGGAAGAACAAGCCACAAUGGAAAAUCAUACUUAAAGGACUAUUCAAUGGUCGUCACACCAGAUGACUGAUUCUCAUACACGAUUCCAGAAAAUCCUUUUGUAUAUGUAAAAUUAAAUUCAUUCACAAAACACACUCAUAGUUAUUGUGAGUCUUAUUUAAACCUUUCUCCCUUAUGAUCAAUAGCGAUAGUCCCUGGGAAUAUCUCUAUUUCAAAUGAGCUCGCUGAUAUGAUGGCUAUUAAUGGAUUUGAAAGGUCAAAAAUAAUUUAUUUUUCUGAUGAAAAUGAAUUAUAUGUUUUUAGAUAAUAUCAUCCUUUUUUAUCAUAAUCUGCAAUGUAAUUUAUUAUAGACUAUCAGGAUAGAGAAAAAUAUCACAAGUGAUCAUUAUGACGAUGCAGGAAAUGGCAAGAUAUGCUAUGCUAUUGUAUUUAAGCAUUGAACCGAAAACAACUUCCAAUACAAAUUUCGUCACAAUAUCACGUCUUCAUAUCCACCUUCAAACCAGCAAGUAGGAAACGUAAUUGAUAUAUUUGACUAUCAAACCUAUGAACCUACUGAUGAUCUUAUAAGAGUUCCUAAGCCAGAAUUCCAAGAGCAAUAUUUUGAUAGUAAUUUUAUCCACGUCAUGAACUAUAUUGACAAUAUUAUUCUUAGGAAUAUUACAAAUAAUGCCAGCGCUUAUAUUGCUGCAGGCUUUGUGCCUAUGUGAUAUGAUGAUUACAUCACUGAUAAUUUUAUCACAUUAAUUGCGAAUAUGCUGCCAUUUUUUAUAGUAAUUUCUUAUGCUAUUCCUGUGUGUAGAAUGAUAUCGCUAAUAGUGCAGGAAAAAGAGUACAAAAAUAAAGAAAUGAUGAUGAUUAUGGGAUUAUCAAAUUUUGCGUAUUGAACAUCGUGAAUAACUUACUAUUUCUCUAUAUAUACAGUCAUUGCAGGGAUAAAUAGUCUGAUUUGUAUGGCUCUGUUUAAUUAUAGCAGCACAGGGCUCAUUUUUUUAAUGUUUUGGUUAUAUGGGAUUUCUUGUAUAGCUUUCAGCGUCCUUAUGAGUAUGCUUUUUUCUAAGUCAAGAACUGCGGUAAUGCUUAGUUUGAUGCUUUUUUUUAUUAGCUAUUUUAUAAGUUUUGCAGUAAUGGAUCCGAUAUUAAGCUUUGGGCAAAAAGCUGCAGCUUCUUUGCUGCCAAAUGUUGCACUAUACUUAGGAAUUGAUAUCUUAGCGAAGCUUGAAGAAGGAAGAUCUGGAGUGCAGAAUAGCAUUAAUAUUAAUACUAAAAAAACCUUUUACGUCCACUAUGGAGUCACCUUCUUCUGAAGCUUUUAUCUUCCUUGCACUUAAGGGUCCGCAGGCUACAGGGUUAGCCUUCUUGGCCAUAAUUGUAUGCUUUAGAGCGACUUUACAAACUUCUAGGCUCACGGAUGAGCUAAUUUCUUUGACGUAAAUAAGUUGUCUAUAUGAAAAAUUCAAAAAAAAGUUUUUCUGGCCAGCUCUCCGCAAAAAGGAAAAUUUUGAAGCCCAGGGAGUACUUCUGGUUUCAUGCUGGAGAGUUGCCCUGUAGGCCUAAUAGACUUUGCUGAGCUCCCUUUUGCAACUCUAUAUCUCCCUUUUAUUUGAAGUAAAAUCCAAAACAGAAAGCGGACUACAGCUCCACACACUGCUGGAAUUGCUUAUCUGCCAUUACUGUCCAUUCCUGGGUUGAAAGAAUCUAGCCGGAUAUAAUUAAAUAUGUGCUCGAGGCUGAAUGGCUGGGAGGCCAUGCCCGGUCGAGACGCAAUAUUUAAUUAUGGAAUACAGAAUAGCACUUGCAAAAAGAAAUUGACCAUUAUACGUUUGAAACUUUUUAUAUUUUCAUGGUAGUAGAUACGGCCAUCUUUGUGAUUUUAGCAUGAUAUUUAGAUCGGAUCUGGCCGAGUGAGUGGGGAAUAAAAAGGCCAUGAUACUUUUUAUUUUACUAACUCUCCUCCAAGCUAGAUAAUUAGUUGCCAGUAAGCUAUCCUAAUUUUUUUUAUUUAAAAGCCUUUUUUUUAUUAAAAUAGGGCACAUUUAGACUAAUUUCCUAAUUUAUUAUUUUUGUCAUAAAUUAUAAUUAGUGUACCAUAAAAAGUAAUAUCUUAAAAAGGAUAAAUAUUCUAACUACAACAGAUAGAGACUAAGGAUUUUUGGUGCCAUGAGAAAAAUAAGCGUAGUAAAGAUAUUAUUGAAAAAGAAAUAGCAUGAGGAGAAAAUGUUGAGCCCGUUGACAUAGUGAUUGAAAAACAAAAAGAGUUAGGCCAAGCGUUGAUUAUCAGAAAUUUUACUAACUCCCCCCUCCGUGGGUGAACAAAAAAAUUUUGUUCACUCACGGAGGGGGAUUAAUUUUUUUUUUAAAUUUCGAAAUUUAAAAAAAUCCUAAUUUGCAAAAUUGAAAACUAGAUAUUAAUUUAAUUUAUAAAAUUUAUGUUUUAAAAAGCAAUUUGUUUAAAAUUAAACAGAAUUAGCUCUAGAUUUCAUUAUACUAAUUAUCACUUAUAUAUCAAAAUUUUUUUCCAUAAAAAAUUUUGCUCACUCACGGAGGGUAGGUUUUGGGGGAAAAUAGCAAUUUUUCUAAUGGUUUUGUCGCUCACAGAGGGGGGAGUAAAGUAUUUAGCAGCAAAACAGCAGUAGAUGGCCUUAAUUUAGACAUCUACCAAGAUCAGAUUUUUGCGCUUUUAGGUCACAAUGGUGCAGGGAAGACCACAACUAUAUCAAUGAUGAUUGGCAUGAUUCCUGUAACAAGUGGAGAAAUGCUUGUAAAAGAUUUAUUACUGUCCAAAGAUUUAGAAAAAAUCCGGAUGCUUCUUGGUGUAUGUCCACAGCAAAAUGUAUUAUAUAAUGACCUCACUCCUAAAGAGCAUUUAUAUUUAUUUUCUAUCUUUAAAGGCAGGGUUAAUAAAAAUGAAAUAAAUGAGGAUAUAGAAGAAAAAAUUUUAGACGUAAAUUUAAAGGACAAAGAAAACAGUAGAGUUAAAAAUCUUUCUGGUGGGCAUAUACAUAAAAAUGGUGACGACAGAAACCUGACCUCUCGGGCCUAUUUCUUGCAGCCCAGUGUUGGAGAUUUAUGUGGAAAGGAGUGGGCAAAUGUUUUAUGUAAGCCGGACUAAGUUUGUCUGAGCCACUGAGAGCUGAUACCUUGGGCUUUUCAUCAGAGACCAUUAUUAGAAAGGAUAGGACCAGUAACAGCCCCAAGGCUGAUAAACCCCUCGAAUAGGGCUCAAGAGGCAACAUCUAUCUAACGAGAAACUGGGGGCUUCGACCCAGAUGAUGGGCCCUUAGGCUACAGGAGUGAGGAGCCAGAAAGUAUGUGCGAAUCCCUUGCCUGCGGCGGCGAGGAGAGCAUCUACCAGGUGUCUCAUUAAUGAAGAUCAUCUAGGUAUGAAAAUUCCCAGCCUGUCAAGAAAGAAUGCCUAUAACUAUAUAACUAAACAUUUUUCUGGAAGGACAAAAAAGAAAAUUAUCAUUAGCUAUAGCACUUAUUGCAGAUUCUCCUAUUGUUAUUUUAGAUGAGCCUACAUCAGGUAUGGAUUUGAAUUCGAGAAGACAGACUUGAGAUAUGCUAAAAAAUAAUAAAAGCAACCGAAUAACUAUAUUUACAACUCAUUAUAUGGACGAGGCAGAUGUCCUUGCUGAUAGAAUUGGGAUAAUGUCACAAGGGAAAUUACGAUGUUGUGGAAGUUCUGCAUUUCUAAAAAAUCGAUAUGGGGUUGGCUAUUAUAUAAAAAUCGUCAAAGAUUUAGAUUCAGGUAAUUCUUUUGAUGAUAAUGCCGUUAUUGAUUUUAUAAGAAAUCAUAUUUCAGAGUCGAAGAUCUCAUCAAAUACUAGAGCUGAGAUAACAUUUCAUUUACCUAUUUCGAGUGUUUCACAAUUCAAUGAUUUUUUUGCUAGUUUAGAUGCGUCUUUACAAAAAUUAAAUAUAAAAUCAUAUGGAGUCUCAGCCACUACCUUAGAAGAAGUUUUCUUAAAGGUAGCUAGAGGAGACGACACAGAGUUAAAAAAUCUUGACUUUGAAGACAUUGAGAUAGAAGAAAAUACAUUAAAAUCUGAUUUUAGGCUUUCAAGAGACAGAUUAAAAGGAUCUCUUUUUUUUAAACAUUUUUUUGCAUUACUGAAGAAAAGAAUUUUGUGGUCAAAAAGAGAUGUGAAAAGCCUUAUUUUCGAAAUUUUCAUCCCAAUUAUCCUUGUAAUUAUUGGGUUAGGGCUAAUGCUGAUUGCUAAAAGAUUUAAAAAUGAGUCUUCACAUCUGCUUACAGUUACUGAUUACCACAAGCCUCAAAAUAUCUUAUAUCAAGCUCAAAAAGGAAACAGCUUUAUUCCAUAUUUAAUGGCUGAAAUUGAAAGGAAAUACAAUACUAAAGGAAAAAAUACUAUGAAAACGACUCCAUGGGCUGACAAUAAUGAUAUUGUAUCUUAUGACGAAUUUAUUUUUAAUGACAGAGAUAACGUUAGUCCUUAUAGGAUGGGGGCUUAUUACUUCUAUAAAAUGGAUAAUUUAACCCAUCGCUAUGAGCCUAUAAUUUUUCAAAACCAAACAGCAUUCCAAGCUGUAGGAGUCUAUUACAAUUUGAUAUCUCAGGCAAUUCUUCAAAGCAUCAACCCUCAAAUCAAUGUAAAAGUAUAUAAUCAUCCUCUCCCUUAUACUGCAAAAGUAAUGAGUCUUAAUAAUAUAGGAGAUGGGUUUAUCGCUUCUAUUAUAUUUUCUCUAGGAUUUAGUUUUAUUCCUACAGGAGUUAUAGCACUAAUUGCGAAAGAAAGGGAAUCUAACAUAAAACACCAGCAUGUGAUAAGUGGAGUGUCUUUAUUUUCUUAUUGGACUGCAAAUUUUGUAUGGGAUAUAGUAAAACAUAUAAUUCCUGGAGUGAUUUGUCCAUUAUUAAUACUAGCAUUUGGUGUUACGAUAUUGACAGAGCCUGGAGAAAGCUAUGCUGCAGUCUGACUGCUAAUGCUUCUUUUUGGGUGCUGUAUGGCGUCUUUCACGUAUUUUACAAGUUUUUUCUUUAGAAAUUACCCAACAGCGCAAGUUGUAACAAUUUUGCUAAAUUUUGUGACUGGAAGUAUCUUGGCUCCUGGAAUUCUUGUAAUGUAUCUUUUUGACCAAACUAGAUCAGCAGCACAUGGAUUACGUUGAAUUUUCAGAAUUUUCCCUAAUUUUUGUUUUGGGUUCGGAAUUCUAGAAGUUGGCAGCAGAAGAUUACUUGCAUCAUUAGAUGGAAGAAAUGAACCUUAUGAUGCUUUAUCUUUAGACAGUGCAGGAGGAGAUAUUUUAAUGAUGGGAAUAAUGACACUUGUUUAUAUGCUUUUAAUAUUUAUAGCAGAAUAUAUGGAAAUCCAUUUAAAGCUAUUCCAAUUUAUUUUUAAACCUCACAAAAUCAAGACCAAAAAACACUCAAAAGAUGAUGAUGUUGAAAAAGAAGCGAAGAAAGCAGAAAAAACAAACCCAAAAGAUGUGCAAGUGAACGCUAAAGAGCUUCAAAAAGUGUUUAGAAGUGGAAAAACGCAUUUGGUUGCUGUUGAAAAUGUAAGCUUUAAUGUAAAUUAUGAUGAGUGUUUUGGGCUUCUGGGGGUGAAUGGGGCUGGAAAGACAACAACUUUUAAAAUGCUUACGGGAGAAAUUGCUCCUUCAUCAGGAGAAGCAUAUAUAAGCGGCUUUAGUAUUAACAAUGACUUCAAUAAUAUAAGAAAAGUUAUUGGAUAUUGUCCUCAAUUUGAUGCAAUCAGUGAGCUGCUCACAGUAAAAGAGAAUUUAAAUUUGUACGCUGAUAUUAAAGGAAUUCCUAAAGUAUGGAAAAAAGAAAUGGUUAAUGAAAUUAUUAUGAAUAUGGACUUGGAAAAGUAUGAGAAUGCAUUAUCAGGAAACUUAUCUGGAGGUAAUAAAAGAAAAUUAUCAGUUGCAAUUGCUUUGAUUGGGAACCCUUCAGUUUUAUUUUUAGAUGAGCCUUCUGCUGGAAUGGACCCAGAGACGAGGAAAAAGCUUUGGCAAGUAUUAUCAAAUAUUAAACAAAAUGGAUCAUCUGUUUUGUUGACAACUCAUUCAAUGGAAGAAGCUGAAGCUCUUACUCCGAUAAAUAAAUAAUUUAAAUGAAAAAUUAAUAUAAAAGACUUUCUUAAAAUAAAUAAACUUAAUUUAUUUUAAGCAAUGCUAAAUUAGUGAUAGAAUGGCCAUUAUGGUUGCUGGCAAAUUUCAAUGCUUAGGCACUCCAACUUGAAUUAAAAAUAAAUACGGAGAUGGCUAUGAACUCCAAAUCAAAACAGAGCCCCCAUCUGAUUUUGAAUUAACAGACAGAGAUAAACAGUUAGAUAGAGAAAUCCAAGAUAAAGAUUCGAUUCCUAGCUCUCAAGUUUCGAAGUGCCUUGAUAUCUUAGGAGCCCAAUUUUUAAAAGAAGAAAUCCAUGAAAAAGGAUCAGGCUCUGCUUUUUUUUACCAGCUAAAGCGUGAAAAUUCAGUUCCUAGAGACUCUUUUAUAUCAUGAGUAAUAUCUGAAGAAAUUAUAGAUAAAAUUCACGAAUGGUUGAAAUCUGAGUUUAAUGAUGUAGAAAUCAUUGAACGAUAUGGAAAUUUAUCAAAAUUCAAAAUAUACAGAGUAGAUUUAAUUACUGCUCAAAUAAAAAUUCAAAAUAUACAGAUUUUAUUUAAUAACCACUCAAAAUUUACCCAAAUCAAGCAUAUUAAAACAAGAAAAUAGAUCCGUAGGCUAUUUAUUUUCAGUUAUUGAAGAGAAAAAGCAAGAACUCAGAAUAUCAGAAUACUCUCUAUCCCAAACUUCACUCGAACAAAUUUUCAACAAUUUUGCAAGAAAUAUAGACGAACCUCAAUAA